AUCACAUUUUUCAACAAAAAAGAACAAAAACUCAUGCAUUUUUUCUUCUAUAAGUUUUUCAUAUACUAGAAGAAUACAAAGCAUAGCUAUAACUUGAGAUCAAAGCAAUCUCAAUUUUCUAUUCUUAACAUUUCCAUGUACAAACAACCCAAUAUCUCUCAUUGUUAAUCUCAUUCUCUAUUUAGAUUUUUAUGUAGUACCUCUCUUUUCUUUUUCUUGUUAAGUGCAAAGGAGAGGUGCAAUAUUAACUCAUGCAACAAAAAGCGAGGGAGAAUUUAAUUCCUUCCCACACCUUAACAAGUAGUUGCAUGAGGGGAGCAUAUCUUUUCAGAAGAGACAAGUUUUCCUUUUCUCUAUCCCUUUUUAUUAAUUAUCACUACUUUAGUUUAAAUCACUUGUCCUAGCUCAAUUAUUCUUUCUGUCCCCCUCUCUUAUAGUUCUUGUUCCAUUAAUUUGUUUAAUAUAACAAAAGAAGAGGAAACAAGGAAAAAAGAUAUUCAUAAUGGAAUGAGUGAGGAAGAAAAUAGGAUAAUUAAGAAGAAAAUGACUCAAUGCAAUGAGCUUCAAAACAAUCAUAGCAUCACAGUGGAUGGAAGAAAGGAUAGCUUAAUCAGAACUUGUCUCACAUGUGGUCAUCAUAUCAAAUGCCAAGAACAGGGUGGUGAAAUUAAUGAUAUACCUGGAUUGCCUGCUGGAGUGAAGUUUGAUCCAACAGAUCAAGAGAUUCUUGAACAUUUGGAAGCCAAGGUGAGGUCUGAUAUUCAUAAGCUUCAUCCUCUCAUUGAUGAGUUCAUCCCUACUCUAGAAGGAGAGAAUGGAAUAUGUUAUACUCAUCCAGAGAAAUUGCCAGGAGUAAGCAAAGAUGGCCUGAUCCGCCAUUUCUUUCACCGACCAUCCAAAGCAUACACAACAGGAACAAGAAAAAGAAGAAAAGUACAUUCAGAUCACGAGGAUGGUAGUGAAACCCGUUGGCACAAAACAGGUAAAACAAGACCAGUCUACAACAAUUCCAAGUUAAAAGGUUACAAAAAAAUCCUUGUACUUUACACAAACUAUGGAAAACAAAGAAAGCCAGAGAAAACAAAUUGGGUGAUGCAUCAAUAUCAUCUUGGAAAUGAUGAAGAAGAGAAAGAAGGUGUUUUAGUUGUGUCCAAAGUUUUCUAUCAAACUCAACCAAGACAAUGUGGUGGUGGUAAUUCAUUGAUGAAAGACUCAAAAACUAUGAAGGGUCAAAAUGGAAAUGAGGUAAUGAAUGGUAAAAGUAGUACUACUAAUGGAUCAUUUGUUGAGUACUAUCAUUCAAAUUUGAUAUCAUUUGAUCAAGGGAAUCAACAUAGAUCUAGCAAUUCUCAAGUAAUAAUUUCACAUUUUGAAGGUGGUUCUUUCAUUCCAUGAUUCAAUUGGUGGACACAAGCUAUAUAUAGAAGAAGAUUACAUUGAAGGGUAUUAUAGAUACUAUGAAUUGAAAAGGAGAUGAACAAAAUAUAUAUUGAUAAAAUAAUCAAAAUUUAAAUAAAUUAAUAAACUAUAUAUAUAUAGUAUACUCUAGUUAGGAGGGAAAAUGGUGGACAAGAAUAAUAAGGAGAGCAAUUGCUUCCUUUGAAAACUAUAUACAUUUGUUAUUAGGUUCAAGUAAGAGAGAGUUUGGUGAAGUGGAGUGGGACACUUUUACAUGUAAC